GCAUCCCUCCGUCUCGAUAGAAACCCUCUCCUUCACUUCUAAGGCUUCCUCGUUGCAUCAACCGUUGAUUCCUGAAGCUCGCCCGCCCACCAAAAGCCAUCACCACCACUAGAACCACAAUCACAACCACACCCUCCCCCGGGACCCCAAUAAUAUCCACCACACACCGGUAGGCCCAGAACAAACCCCUAACCCGAACCACAAACUCCACCAUAAACGCAACCACUACAACUCCCUCUCCCCCCCCGCCCCGACAAAACCCAGCCGCACCGCCAAUACCUCUAUUCACCUUCGCAACACCCAUCACCACUGCCAUCGCUUGCUGCAGCAACCACCGCAGCAGCAGCGACUCCUUCCGUAAUAAUACCAUUACGACGCUCCGUCCAUUCUCACUUCCCUCGGUCCUCCGUCUUCUCGCUUUCUAGCCUUUUGGGUGGUAACUACAAUACGACCCAGAGAAGGCCGAGGUCCACUUCUACCGAGUCGUUGCUCGACUCGAACGAACAAAAUCUGCCCACACUAGCCAAGCUUACCAAGGUGAUCCCACGCGGUGACGGGCCUACCUAUAACCAAAUCUCCAAUCCUAAGAACAAAAUGCAUCAAACGAGCUCGCGAUUACUGCGUAUGACGGCGGAUGACCGUCCGUACACUCGGGUAAGCUCUUGUCCCCAUCGCUUUACCCAUCACCUUUGUUUGAUUCCGCUCGCUCUCUCGCUCUCCCUUCCGCUCUGGUCCGGCCGGGCGGUUGCUGUCGUCCUAACCAUUCGACUGGCUGACACUGAUGUUUUUCCCCUUUUCUUGCUACUGUAGGAUUUCAAGGAUCUUUUCUCCACUUUGAUGGUUAGUUUGCCAUUAUGUUCUCACAGGAUACGUUUCAAGACCUAUCCCUUCACCUUUACCUCUGAGGAGGCCAUCAACAAUCUCGGUUCGUUGAAGUUUUCCCAAUCGAACCGGAUGCCCGAUCCGAAGGACCACACUCGCAUUGUCACCACCACAACUACAACCACUUUUUCGAUGGCUAGGGAAAUGGCUCGCUCUGUUUGUCAGCGUUUCAUGGAUGCUCGAUUUAUUGAGCUGGCUGACGGAAAAUCUACCACAUUUUUCCCUCCGAAGGGUACUUUAUGGCAAUUGACACCCAAAGGGAUUCAUGUUUUGGAGAGAUUUUGUCAGCGUAAUGGCAUUCAGCAGGACCAUGUGAUAAAGUUAUUGCAGUCUUCUUACAACACCAUGCGUCUGGUUAUUUUGGAGAGGGAUUCAGUGACGGAUAGGCUGUCUCAGGACAAGACCACGACCGAAGUUAUCUUUCGGCGGUUUGCCGGGGCGACCCCUAACAUCAAGGCCAGUGCUUCCAUCUCCGAUUCGGAUUCUGUGUCGGAGUAUCAUGACGGCGUGACGGGUGUCAGGCUUGCCGAGGCUCGCAAAAUUGGGGACAAGGUUGUUAAGAGUUCGUUCACUGGAAAAUGUGCUGUGGAUUGGCUGCUUGAUUGUUGUACGACGGUGGAGAGGAAUGAGACUCAUGAGAUUAUCAACCUGUUCAUACAAUACGGAUUGAUCCAGUCUGUCUUUGAGGAUAAGGCCUACGUUCAAUCUAACCCAAAAGCAAAGGGUUUUCAACCGACCAAAACUGCCGUUUACGUUUUCACCGACAAAGGGAAGAGAGUGUCGGGAUGGAUUGAUGGCGACCGGCUGAGUCUGCAGAACGGGGAGAGGGGGAAUGAUGGGAACUCUAUACGGGGCACAUCCAAAGGCAGGAGCCGGGAGGACGGGUUUCCUAGGAGUAAGUGUCCGCUCCACGAAGAGCGUCGGCAUGCACUGGAGAGGGAUAAAUUGGGCUGACUGGGUGAUACAGAUCAACGUGAGACCAACACUACCCGGCUGACCGCUAUCCUGAACGACGCUGCUUUGAGGUUAUUGUACCGCGAAUAUCUUCGGGAAACUGUAUGCGAGGAAAAUUUGUCGUUCUGGUUGGAUGUUGAGGAUUUCAAUCAUAAUUUCCGUGCAAUUGAUAAGUCGAAACCUGAUGCCGUGAGGGAAACCUUAGCUGCUGCCUAUGGUAAGUCAAACGGUUUUUCUUGGUUAAUUUUGCUCUUUGGUGUUUCCAGAAGAUGGGUGUUAUCGCACACUUGAUUUCUGGUGAUGGUGCUCUUCCUGUGCCGGUUUACGGACGGUGACUGCACAAUAACUCCAUUUCCCCCAUGGCCUCAUCUACGAAAUCUGGGCACUGACCGAAGUACUUUGUUUUUGUUUAGGCCUUUACAACGCAUUCCUUGCUCCAGGGUCCCCGUGCGAAUUGAAUAUAGAUCACACACUUCGACAGGACAUGGCUUCCCGAAUGACCCGAGCUGUUGCAAAGGAUGACAAUGCAAUGUACUCCAGUUUGAUGGAGGUGGCUGCUCUUUUUGACCGAGCGCAACAACAAGUCUUCAAGCUCAUGGCAGGAGUAAGCAUUCUUGUGAUCCCACGCUUGAAAGCGGUGGCUGACUCGCUUUCGUUACAAUAGGAUUCUGUUCCCAAAUUUAUCCAGACGCAAAAAUAUAUCGAGGUCGCCGGCGAUAUUCUUGAGGACGAGAGGAAUGGUCAUUCGGGUGUCGAGCGAAGCCUGAGCCGGAGAUACAACAGCAACGGAGUUGCACCAUAGCCCGGGCUAUUCUUCCUGUGGAAUGGACAUCCGGACCAUCUUUCAUUUUGGGAUUGCUUUGGUGCUUAAUAAAUAUUUCUUUCGUUCCGACUACUUUGGGCCGCUGGGGCUUCUUUAGUUCUGGUGGUCACCUUUUCUUCUCUUCUUUCGAUCUCUCCAGGUAUUCUAGGGUCUUUUCAGGAGUUCUUGGGUCAUCAACAUCAUUGGUUAUCGUGGUCCUCUUUUUCCUUGCUGCUCCCUUGCUUGCUGGAAUUUGUCCGCUGUCCCCUGCUAUCCGUCUCUACAUACUGACGAUCUGUCAUGUUUCAUAUAGUGCCGUAAGGCCUUUUAUGAAUCUUUGUUUGAUUUUCCUUUGCCUUUAAAAUAAGUUUUUAUUCUCAGCCUCCCCUUCUUUGUCUCGCUGUUCCACGGGCGAGCUUUGAAGGUUGCUAUCUCUAGCAUUUAUGCAUAUCGUAACGCACAGCCUCUUUGUAUAGUUUAUUUCCCCCUCCCGAUUUUUUUGUUUAUCGAAAGAUUGACGGGUUGAUUAUGAGGCGACGAACUGAUUAGGAGAUGGUGGUUGUGGGUAUUUCGUAUUUUUCUAUCUCUUAUGUCAAAGUUUUAAAAUAGGGAAGGCUUUAAUAUAGAGGUAUUUCUUUUUUCUCUUUUCUUUAUAGCUGAUUUCUCUUCUCUUAUGCCACUUCUUUUUUUCUUUUUUCUCUUUCUCUUAGUCACUUUUUCCCUUCCAAUAUCCCUCUCUGUAACUUUGUGAAUUGGGGAGCGAGGGGGGGGGUUGUAAUUGGGCCGCAUUUAAUUGUAGCUAUUUGAAAUCUCAAGAAAUGAAAAGUGACAACUGAUGGAGUAUGAUUGAGCUUGGUUUUUUCUUCAAGAAAUUUCUUAGGAUCACAUGGAAUUUAUUCUUUCUCUGUGUCUGCCGGAUUAUUUCUAAGUUACCAGUUUCCCGGUUAGUGUAUCGAACAGGUCAGUAGCAUACGGUAAUGGUUAUCACUUUCGACGCGUGGUGUUGGCGUUUCUGGAAGCCCAACUUUCGUUGAAACUGCAUCGGUCUACUCGACUAGGUAAUAAAUUUAAAUUUAAUGCACUAUGGUACUUAUUGUACGUUCUGGACUACAGUGGAACAAACGCCCGCUUAGACUGGGUGAUAAUCCGUGAAUAGUCUAGUAUUGUACGCGGCCGUUCCGACCUCCCUCGGUCGGCGAUAGACCGCCCCCAUCACCGCAUCACACCACACCGACCCACGCACCCAUCGGCGUUAGAUUCUCUCUUUCCCCAACGAUAUGAUAAAUAUGAUACCUUGACGAUUGCAUCGUAUCCGCCAUCAUCGAAUUCUCGAACAACCGAGAUCGAUGCUAAUUUCGGGCGAGGAGGCAUUGGAGAUGGCAGUUAUGAUAUUUGAAUGGUAUGAUAGUUCGUCGACUUUUUCUUUCUUUUUUUUCUUCACCAGCUUUGCACUGUCCUAACACAUUGGGAAGGUUGUUAUGGGAAAUACUUGCUAUACGUCACCCUCCCUUCCUCCCCCUCUACCGCCGCCUUGGGAAGAGGGAGGGAGGGGGAGAUUAGUAUCACUGUCUUAUUUGUCCCACCCCAUUUCCUCGCCGAUUGCUGUGGAGUUUCGCUCGUCGUCCCGGGCAUUGCCCCAUCGGAAUAUUCGCUUGGGGGUUCUGAGUUUCUUGGGAGGGAGUAAGUUAUGGAACACGUAUAAUAAAUGGGGGGUUUGCCGUGGUCUGCGGGAGUGCCCACCUGGGCCAGGAUCAUGGCAUAUCACCCGAGAACCCGUGCUAGCGUUGGUGGCCCAGCCAGAUACGGCAGUGAAAGUGGUUUGAUGGGUGGAUGGAUAUGUCGGGUUGGGGAUUCAGAAAUUUCGUUUCGGGAUCAGGAUCGGGGGGGUGCGAGCUACCUUGCGAAUUGAGGUGGAGGGAGCUUGGAACUGGUAUCGUAGGCUUGGGCGAGUGAGUGGGCUCAGAUGCAUUGGUAUCGGAGGAGGGGGGUUUUGCUUUUCUUCUCUCUUCCAUUCCCU